CGGAGGGGAUGACAUACUCGUUAUGCUUCAGGGCUACUGGAAUCUCAUCAGCCUUAUAAGCUCUUGUCUUCUUCUCCACUUUGUGAAAAGAAAAGAUAAGAAGCAAUUGAGCAUAUCAACCUCUCUGAACCAUCAUCGCGUCUCCGUCUCAUCGUAGCCUCCUCAUCUUACUGUCUUACUAUCUCUCCGUCUCACUUCUUACACGUAAAAUAACCUAACCACCACCCAAAAUGGUCAGCUCAAAGCCCGUAGCCCUCGUCGUGGGAGCUUCCCGCGGAAUCGGCCGCCAAGUCGCCAUCGAUCUGGCCGCCAACGGCUACGCAAUCGUCGUGGCUGCCAAGUCCAUCACAGACCCUUCCAAGCUCACCGAUAAAGCCCCAAAUCCAAAGUCCAACGACUCAACCAUCACCACCGUCGCCCGCGAAAUCACCUCUGCCGGCGGCGAUGCCACGCCCAUCCAGGUCGAUGUGCGGUCCGAGGAGAGCGUGAAUGCCCUCGUCGCAAAGACCAUUGCUACAUACGGCCGCCUCGACGUCCUCGUCUACAACUCGGGCGCAAUCUGGUGGGCUUCCGUCGCGAACUCGCCCCUCAAGCGCUUCCAGCUCAUGCAGCGCGUCAACCCCGAGGGCCUCUACGCCGUCGUCCAGGCCGCCCUCCCGCACCUCCGCCCUCACGGCCGCAUCGUCGUCGUCAGCCCGCCCAUCUACAGCCGCUUCUUCCGCGGCAAGACCGCCUACGCCAUGGGUAAAGUCGGCAUGAGCGUCCUGACAAAGGGCCUGGCCAUGGACUUUAAGCGCGAAGGGCUCAAGGACAUGGCCAUUACAAGCAUCUGGCCCGCCGUGGCAAUCGAAUCCGCCGCCACCGAGCAAUUCACAAAGAAAAACCCCGGCGAGGAAAAGGACCUCCGCAAGCCCACCAUCUUCUCCGACGCCAUCCUCGGCAUCCUGCGCUCCCCCGCCGAAAAGGUCAACGGCGAGCUCGUCCUCGACGAGGACUUCCUCCGCGAGCACAUGGGCGUCACCGACUUUUCAAAGUACAGCGUCGUUCCCGGCUCCAGCCCGCGCCGCAUCAUGCCCGCCCGCUUGCCCGACCUGACUGUUGCCGAGCAGGAUGAUGAGGGGCAGAGGGUUGAUAGCGCUACUAAAUCGAAGUUGUAAUUGCAUUUUUCUAAGGGAGGAUGGGCCGUAGAGUAUGGGUUGAAUAGCAAGCUUCAACUGUUUGGGUAAUGGAGCCGUAGGAAAUUGGGUCUUGGCUAGAGCAAAGAUUGUCACUCAGCCAUUGUAGGAUAUCGAGACAAAUACAUCAAUGAAACAGAUACACAAAGCAC